AGUUAUUCAGUUGUCCAAUGGAAAUCGAUAUGGCAAAAUUAGUUUGUUUAUGUUACCAUGGUGAGACGCACAGUCAAGCAGCGCUCUCAGGGUCUGUGCAGAGUUGAGAGCGGCGUAAUGCAAGAGAACGUGAGUACAAUGACAUCAGAGGUGGAUGAGGAAAAUAACGCGGUUGGAAGGUGUUUACUGGGAAACUGGGUUGAGGAGAGGGCUACUGCAUUGCUAGACAGGACCAAGCCUACAUCAUGCGUUCAUAAGUACGGACACACAGGGAUUCUUAGCAUGGACGUCACUGCUAGAGUACAGGGGAUCAGUACAUUCAAAGCUACUUUCAAAUCUCCUAAAAGCAUUGGUGUGCGACAAAAAGUUGUUUUCAUUCUAGGAAACCGGGCUGAACUGUUGGAAAAUGACCUCAUCAAAAGAAUAAGUGAUCAGAUACAGGCAGAGAUGAACAUAGAGCCUCUUGCCCCUGAGUUGUGCUCUGUGACCAAAGCAGACUACAAGGUGGAGGGCUUUAAGUCUGUCCGUGCACCACUGACCACGGAUCAUGAUUACACAGCUGACCAAGCUAUCACAUUUUGGAGUGAUAACUAUCAGAAGAUUCAGGGUGUGACAGCAGUUAAAACUAAGGAUCAACCAUUUAAAAGAAAUGCCACUUUUAGUACACCAAUCGGAGAUCAGCUCGACGACACAAUGCUGUACCCAUCAGAGAAUGAUACUUUGUGACGAAUGUAAAAAAUAUCCACAUUUGAUCAUUUCUUCUAUGCUCUUUUAUGUCAUCAUUUUUGCUGAGUUUAUAACCAGCAAUAAGGUUGUGUAAUAUUUUCCAUGCCAAGUAUGACGUCCUGACUUCACAAAUGUUUUAAUGAAGAGCAAGUGACUAGUUAAUUAUUCUCUAAUAAAAUAAAUGUACUUGUCUUU